CACCCUUCUCUCCAAUAAAAGAAUGGUUUCCAAGGGGGUUUGGUUGGAUGUGUAUACAAUACCACCAUUAAAAUCAGAAUCCGUGUAAUCAUACACCCGAUAGAAGUUCACUCAGCGUUCACUCGGUGUAUGCAACAAUGGAAACACUUCGUGGACCUCAGCUUACAAUGAACGAUGGUGCUACACUGGUGACAGAGGUGGUAUCGGAUGAUGAUUCGCAUCUUUGCCUCUAUAUAUUAUUGCAGGACAUGAUUAAAAUUGGUGACAUGGUUGUUGGGUUUGACAUCGAGUGGGGCUUCAAAGGGACUUCUGCUAGCAGAUCAGGAAGCACGUCUGGCAGAAACACCGAGAAUCAUUCUCAGUCUGACAAGUCAGAGCACCUUCCUAGGAGAGUAGAACAUCACAUUGCCGUGUUGACUUUCUGCACCAAACUUGGCUGCGUCCUAAUAAGGCUCUCUCCUAAUCAUAUCUCGCCAUCUCUAAAACGCUUUCUUUCAAUUAAGGACAUUAUGUUUGUAGGAGUUCAUGUCAAGGAAGAUCUUCAAAGGCUAAGAUGUGUUGACGGUCUGGUGGUUCGGAAUUCGGUGGAGUUGAGUGAACUGGCUGCUAAAAUAUAUGACCAACCUCGAUUCGCUGUUUAUAGUGCAAGGGAAUUGGCUUACAGAAUAGCUUCACUAAAAUCUGACUCAAAACCUCUCAAUGUUUUAUGGUCAAAUUGGUUUGAUCAUACUCUUUGCCCUGAACAGAUUGAGUCUGCAACCAUUGAUGCUUAUGCUACGUACAAGAUUGGCAAAAAGCUUAUGGAAAGCGGCAGUAGCAGUGUCAAGAGGCUGUUCUCAUAAUCUCUACACUUAUGUCCAAUCUCAGCCUUGAGGAAUUGUUGUGUCUGUUUAUUCAAUAAUCCAUGUAAGAGUGAAAAUUGAUUGUGUUCUGUUGUUGUCGUUGUUAAGAGUGAAAAUUGAUUGUGUUCUGUUGUUGUCGUUGUCGUCCUCUGAGUUCAUUGUUAGCCGAUG